AUGUCAUGGGAUGGGAUGCGCAUUGUGGUGGUGGGAAUGGCAUGUGGCGAUGGCAUGGUGGAUGGCAUGGUGGAUGGUAUGGUGGAUGGCAUGGUGGAUGGCAUGGUGGAUGGCAUGGUUUAUGGUAUGGUGGAUGGCAUGGUGGAUGGCAUGGUGGAUGGCAUGGUGGAUGGUAUGGUGGAUGGCAUGGUGGAUGGCAUGGUGGAUGGCAUGGUGGAUGGCAUGGUGGAUGGUAUGGUGGAUGGCAUGGUGGAUGGCAUGGUGGAUGGCAUGGUGGAUGGCAGUGUGCGUGGUGGCGGAGCUGGCGGUGGCGUGGAGCGGCACUGCGGCGUGCAACACGUGGAAGCAUCACACACAGCCAGUUGGACGGCAGCUUCCCCCCCGCUAUCCUCUCCAUGCCCACCCUCAAGCACCUGUGAGCCAUCCCUCGCCCCCUGCUCGCCAUGCCGCCCUGCUCGCCAUGCCUCCCUGCUCGCCAUGCCGCCCUGCUCGCCAUGCCUCCCUGCUCGCCAUGCCUCCCUGCUCGCCAUGCCUCCCUGCUCGCCAUGCCUCCUUGCUCGCCAUGCCUCCCUGCUCGCCAUGCCUCCCUGCUCGCCAUGCCUCCCUGCUCGCCAUGCCUCCCUGCUCGCCAUGCCUCCCUGCUCGCCAUGCCUCCCUGCUCGCCAUGCCUCCCUGCUCGCCAUGCCUCCCUGCUCGCCAUGCCUCCCUGCUCGCCAUGCCUCCCUGCUCGCCAUGCGCCCACGCUAG